ACGUUGAAAAGAAAAUAUCGCGAAACCCCGGUAAUCCUAACUCACAUUGUUCGUUGUUUCCGUCGUUCAACAGCCCGUUUCGAUUCAUUUAGACAAAAAUAUUCAUGCAGUGUGUAACUAUGAUGUUUUUUAUCAUAUCGACUUUUUUGUUGUUUACUGGAGAAUCUUAUGGAAUGGAGUGUAUACACUGUACAGACUUUGUGGUUGACACUUCUUCUAUCCCGUCUAAAGUUAAACAAUACCUGGAUGGUAUUCAUACUUAUAGAACACCAAAAUGUGAAAAUGCGCAUACUGUGGAAGUGGACAAAGGCGUAACAAUGAAAACGUGCAAAAGCGUCCAUGGUAAUAGUUCUGGAGAAGUCAGUAAAUGUGGACGAUUGGUAACAACUGUAAAGGUGACGAUAAGGCGUGGUGAAAUAGUUGUACCUGUUACUUUCCACAUCAGAGGAUGUUUCAAUGUAGAACAAUCAUUAAAUAGAGGAUGCUAUCCAGAAAAAUCUAUUCUUAAUCAGCAAAGAGAAGGUGUUUUGUUCCUCUUAAAACGGUUUAUUAACCGUAACGGCUUGUCUUCAUAUAGAGUUGGAGAAUUGAAUGGCGUGCUCUGUGUAAAUGGAGCGAACAACACAGACCCAUGGAGGUCUUGGAGAAGGAAUGCGGCUAUGGGACAUACUAAUAACUGGAUGACUUUUUUUGUAUGUGCAAUGGUUUCAUUAUUUUUCAUAUACAAAAUAUGAUCAAAAUUGUGAACCUGACAAUUUGGAUCUAGGAUUGGAUUUUGUUGUUAAAGGUUCUGAAAUAUUGAUUUAAUAAAAUUCAAAUAAAUUCA